AUGAUGGCACCAGAAGUCUGCAGCAUGUACAGAACCGGCAGCCUUGGGCGCAUGUUGUUUUGGGUCGCCAGUCUCGGGCUGCACAAGACCUGCUUGUGCUCUUCUGUGGUCUCCACGACGGAUGCCACGGAUGACUUGGAUCAAAGUGUUGAUAUGUCAACUGCAGAGUGGGGCCGAACGCCGCUGCAUGAGGCGGCUGAGUUCGGACAUCUAGAAAUGCUUCGGGGGAUGCUGGCGGAAGCCAAUGAAUCAUCUGUGACACUUGUGUCUGCCCCGGACGAGCUGGGCUGGACUCCACUCCAUUGGGCCGCCCUGCAUGGUGAGGAGGAAAUGGCCUCAGAGUUGCUGCGGGCGCAAGCCGCAGUUGAUGCUCAGGAGUACGAGUUUGGAUGCCAGCCGUUGCAGUGGGCUGCAAGGCGCGGCCACCUUCGGCUCCUCCGACUUCUCUUGGACGCUGGUGCCUCGGCAGAGUACGCCGACCGGCAGCAACGCACGGCGGCCGCCUGGGCCAAGCUGACGGGCCACGCUGCGGCGGCGGCGCUCCUCGAAGCUUCCGAGGACUCAGAGGAGACCUCAGAACCGCACAUGUACAGUCGCGCCGAGAGGGACACGGACGAGGUAGAGGAUGCCAUGACGGAGGCAGACCAGGCAUAUGGCAUGACUGCUUUGCAUGUUGCCGCUGCGAGCGGCCGUUACUCGGAUGUCGCGAAGUGGUUGGGUGCAAGUGAGCCGACUGCCCUGUCUUCUCAGAUGUCUGCGCAAGAUAUGUGGGGACGAACACCGCUGGUGACCGCCAUUCAGACGCGAAAGUCUCCUCCCAAAGCAGCCUUGAAGUUGCUCCACACCGAGCUCUGUGUAACAACAGAUCACGAUGGACGUGGCCCCCUACAUUGGGCAGUUCUGGCAGGUGACCUGCGGCUCUUCAAGGAGCUGCGUCUGCUGAACCAGUCCCAGGCACCGCCGGAUCGCUUCGGCCGUACGUUAGUUCACUAUGCAGCGGCAAACGGACACGGCAACAUCCUGUCAGAACUGCUGGCAGAUGCUGCCGAUGUUGAUGUAGAUGCCAAAGAUCGCUCCCAACAAACCCCGUUGCAUCUUGCCUCGGCAAGGGGCCACGCGCACUUGGUGCAACAGCUGCUCGACAGGAAUGCGUCAUGGAACGUGAGUGAUCUUCUCUUACGAAGGCCUCUCCACUACGCAGCCAUGUUCGGGCACCUUGAUGUCAUAAAGCUGCUCAUGAACGCUGGGGCAGACUACUUUGCCGAGGAUUUGGACGGCGAAACCGUCGAAAGAUUUAUGCGAAGGACACCCUUUCUGCACUAG